UAGACGCGCGUGGUGUAAUGUUCAUGACGAAUACAUGGACAUGGUUUUCUUUAUUUGCCUCAGAAUAUUCAUCAUCCCAAUGUCUGAUUGAUGUGAAAGUGAUUUAAAAAUAAUCCAUCCAUUAUUUCAUAUGGAUAAUAUUAAUAUUUUGAUAAAUAAAAUCUGAAAAAAAACGUUAUUCAAUUGUUUUUAACCAAAAAAUUUUGACCGAGUGCUGAAAUAUUUUUGUCAUCCGAUUGAAGAAGAAACCGGACGAUUCAGUAAUGCUGAUGUCGACAAAUGGAUUACAGUGAAAGAGCAGCAAUAAAAAUAAGUCAAAUGAAUGGAAAAAAAAAAUGAGUGUGGAAAUCGAAUAUUGAUAUCUCCAAAAACAUAAUAAAAGAAAAAACAAUAUCAAAAAAAUGCCGGAAUUUAAACGAAAGUACGUAGGAUAAAAAAAAAAAAUAAAAUAACUCCAAAGGACUCUCAAUACUGUCGAGUAUAGUGACUUUAAUCUUGGAUUACUCCACAAGACAAAAAGAAUAAUGACUCAUGUGACUGUGUAAAUAAAACUAAAGUUCACUAAACAUCAAGAGCAAAUAAUAUUGCGACAGUAAAGAUACAAGGAGGAGGGUGAGUUUGUGGAAAAAUUGCCUAAGGCGUAUCACAUCAGACUCAAGAGAGCUCUAAAGAUUGCAAACAGGUGACAGGUUACCAUAAAAUCACAAGAAAAAACAACAAAAUGUAAAAAAAAAAAUUAAAACACAUCUCAAGUGAAACGUAAUUUUAUUUAUUGAAUGAAAUCAAUGAAAAAAAAGCAAUUGAAACUUCGAAAUCGACAGUAAUACAGACACGAUUAACGACUAGAGGUCGUUGAAGUUGAGUUUUAGUUGAAUUAAAGUUCAACAAAAGACAUUAUUCGACUAUUACAAUUGAAGAAAAAAAAAUAUAAAAACAGUUGAAAAUAUUAUAAAAAUUCUAUGAUUGAGUUAAAUAAUAUAUCAUUAUUAGAAAGAUGGCUUUAUAAAUGACAAAUGCAUUUACAUAAACUAAUACUCUAUUAAAUAAUAUCACUUAUCACGUGACUAUGUAAAGCAGAAAUAUUAUGGGGCUGUUGGCCCCUGUUCUUAUUACAAACAUCAAUUAUUAUUAUUAAGAAUGUUUAUUGUUACUGAAGAAGAAGAGUAUUGGUAAUUGAGUGAAUAGUAUAAAAGUUGACAUCAUGAUGCAGUCGUUGGAGGAAGUAUAUUUCUCAACAGACUACCCAUUCAAUUCGACCUGGCCAGAAAUUGAAACAACUUGGUUUGGAAAUGAUACCAAUUCAACUGAUUCAGAUGGCAAUAAAUUUAUUCUACCUUUGUGGCGACAGAUAAUUUGGACAUUUUUAUUUGUGGGAAUGAUUAUAGUAGCAACUCUUGGCAACAUCAUAGUUAUCUGGAUUGUCUUGAGGCACAAAAGGAUGCGGACAGUUACAAAUUAUUUUCUUGUUAAUCUCAGUAUUGCUGAUGCUAUGGUGUCUACUCUUAAUGUCACCUUCAAUUACUUCUAUAUGUUGAACAGUCAUUGGACAUUUGGAAAUUUAUAUUGUAAAAUUAGCCAAUUCAUUGCUGUACUUACUAUUUGUGCUAGUGUCUUCACACUUAUGGCGAUAUCUAUUGAUCGAUACAUGGCGAUAAUGAAUCCCUUGCGUCCAAGAAUGGGUCGACGUUCGACUCUGUGUGUAGCUGUAUUAAUUUGGGUCGUGGGUGCAAUUCUAUCGUUUCCAAUGCUCAUUUAUUACAAAACCUAUACACAUACUUUUUCAAAUGGUGAAGUUCGGAUAAUUUGCUAUGGAGAUUGGCCUAAUAGAGAUAAUAAUGGAUUUAGCUACGAUGAGUACUUGUAUAACGUAAUAUUUAUGAUUUUGACGUAUUUUUUACCAAUUGGAUCGAUGACAUUUACAUAUGCUCGUGUUGGUUUCGAGCUUUGGGGAUAUCAAAGCAUUGGAGAAGCGACACAAAGACAACUUGAUAACAUAAAAAGUAAAAGAAGGGUUGUAAAAAUGAUGAUCGUUGUAGUGGUGAUAUUUGCAGUCUGUUGGUUACCAUUUCACGUUUACUUCAUAGUGACUCCUUACCUACCAGAAGUGACGAAUGAACCAUAUAUUCAAGAGCUUUUCCUGGCAAUAUAUUGGUUAGCGAUGUCCAAUAGCAUGUAUAAUCCGAUUAUCUACUGUUGGAUGAACUCAAGAUUUCGACGAGGCUUUGCUCAAGUAUUUUUCUGGUGCCCGUGGAUAAAGGUGUCACCAGAGCCGGCACUUUCGAGAUCUGAAGCAGUCACGUCAAGGUAUAGCUGUACAGGUAGUCCCGAUGCUCAUACGCGGAUUUCAAGAAACGGCACCGUGCGAAUACCAUUGCAAUCCACAGGAGGAAUGGACUUCGGAAACAGCCACCGCCAUCCAACACAUCGACGCGGCCAUGCUCGACGAUACAGGACGUCAGAAACAAGGGGACAUAUGUCUUGACAGAAUGAAGAGUUAUCACAACAACGAGUUCACACUUGGAUAUAAAUUAUUUCAUAUUCUCAUCUUCCUUUAACUAAUAGACAAUUACUGACCAAAAUAAAAUUAUUCUGCUCAAUAUUAUGAGCCUUCAUUGCAAGUCAAUUUUAUGCACUUCAUUUAUAAUUAAUCAAUUUCAUACAUUUUGAAGUAUUAUCAUUAUUAUCAAUUCAAGUAAAUAGUUCAAUACAUUUUAAUACAAAUUUUCCAUUUUUUAUUCAACAAGUAUUGAGAAUUAUGAAUUUUUCUUUUUCUAUCAACUUCUUUUAUAAAAGGACCAAUGAUCUGUGGUACCUGAUUAGGUUCCAUAGAUUUAAAUCAAAACACUUUUUUUUUUAUCGUACAUCUAGUAGGUAUAAAAAUUAAAUAAAUAAAUAAAUUAAUGAAAAGUUAAAUUUAAAAAAUUUAUUUAUAUAUAUAUACAUAUAUAUAUAUAUAUAUAUAAAAUAUAUAAUUGUAAAAACAAUAAAUGUUAGAUUUCCACAUAAAAGGCUUAAAUCAUAAGAAACCACGCGCAUGUUUGCUGAAAAUAAAGGUGCUUAUUUGUGAAUGCACAAUCAUUGUGUUCUUAAAUACAAAAGUUAUAAUAAUAAACGUCAGGUUGUACUAAUGAAUUAUUUCAUUUUCAAACGAGAGUUAAUGAUUUAAAAUAAUAGAUUGGGGAAUAUUAUUUUAAUAAAGUAAUAAUCAAAUUUGUGCCAAAAUUAAUCACGAAAUUCAUUUCAAUCAUGUUUUUGUACGUUGUAACAACAUCAUUCUAUUUUUAUAGUAUAAUGUGAUUCAAUAAUUACUAAAAAUAAAUAUCAAACUGCAAUUGAUAUUGACAGAAUUAAAAAACCCCCAUACUUGAUAGAGUUAUUUAUCGAUGGCAAACAUAACAAAAUCACUUUUUUUAUGUAUAAUUGAACGACAAUGUUGUUUAAUAUUCAUAGAAAACGCAAAACUAAUAGAUGUAUAAAAAAAAAACUCUCUGGGAAAACCAAACGCUUUCUAAGAUAAAUCAUGAUUAUUAGAUUUAAUUAUAACAUUCAAUAUUAAACGUUUGUAAUUAUAUCUAAAACUAAUACAUAAUUCUGUAAAAUAAUGUAAAUGUAUUGAAAAAAAAAUUCGAAAUUUCACUAAUAGAAACCUGACGGUGCUACGAAUAUAGAUUAUUCAUGGAUAAAUAAAAAAAAAGGCAAAACUGAACGUAAUUAAUAUGAACAAAUAAAUAAUUUAAUAAAAUAAGCUUCUUCAUAUUGUUUAUUUUCAUUCAUUUAAUCUAACAUUAUAUAUAAUUCCAUUUGUUUUUUGUUUCAUUAACAUCUUUAUUUGUUCAUAAUAAUUUGACAAAGUUUUGUGGAUUUUUAUACAUAGAAAUUGUUAUUCGAUGCACCUUAUGAUGUAAAUUGUUGCCAGGGACUAUAAUUUUGUAAAAAUGAUAAAUUAUUUAAAAAAGAAAUUGUUAGUAUUAAUGUCAAUUUAAUAAAUUGAAUGUAUAUUAAUUUGUGGUUGUAUAAAAGAAUAUUAUUAAUAAACUUAAGAAAAGGUAGACCUUUUAAAUUCAUGUGUCCUUGUAUUUUUAACAAGUCAAAUAACCAUUUUUCUCGUUAAAAUUAAUAAAACUGAAAUCAACAUUUAGGCUAAAAAAUUCAUUUGAUAGAUUAUAAAUUA